UCACUAAUAAAGCCGAGGACCGGCGAGUCAGCCGCAGUAAGUCCCGCCGCAGCUAGAUCUCCGGGUAGCUUACGAGAGGCGGAGCUCAGCGGUUCCCUCCGCUUUAACUGCAGCGUCUUCCCGCCGGGUGUCUCGCCGCAGCAUCCCGAGAGGGGACGGACCCCUACACACUCUGUCAGAAAAAUGUCUGCUCCUGCUCAGCCACCAGCUGAAGGGACAGAAGGGGCUGCCCCCGGUGGGGGUCCUCCUGGCCCUCCUCCCAACAUGACCAGCAACAGACGACUACAGCAAACCCAGGCACAAGUGGAGGAGGUGGUGGAUAUCAUGCGUGUGAAUGUGGACAAGGUCUUGGAGAGGGACCAGAAGCUGUCAGAGCUGGAUGACCGAGCUGACGCCUUACAGGCGGGAGCCUCACAGUUUGAGAGCAGUGCUGCCAAGCUAAAGAGGAAGUAUUGGUGGAAAAACUGCAAGAUGAUGAUCAUGCUGGGAGCUAUCUGUGCCAUCAUCGUGGUAGUUAUUGUAAUCUACUUUUUUACUUAAGAAUGUGCCAUCCCUUCCCUGUUCUCCAUUACCAUCUGAGCUCAUGUCCUUCUCCUUCUGUUUGCUCUCAACCACUUCCCAUCUGCCUUCCUGCAUCCCAGCCCGGGCUUCCCAUCAUUCAUUACUCCUUUUUGGUUGUACUCAUUUGCACUCUGGCCCUCAACACUAGAAAUGCUGCUCAUGGCGAAGUCUUGAAAUCAUCACCUGAAGAGCAACAGCUGGCACCUCCUCCCUAUCCCUUUCUUAUGUCCUUUCAUGCUCCUCCAAAGCCAGAAAGAGUCAGUAGCCAAAGGCAGAGGCAGGGGAAAGAUCGAGGUAAAGAGCCCAAGAUGCUGGCAAGGUUGGUGGCAGGAGAAGUGUAUUGGUGCUCUUGGCAUCUCCUAGAAAGGCCGGCUGCUGCCAGGAAGGGACUGUGAGCAGAUGGGAAAGUGGUGACUUGCCCUGUGCAGCCCUCAUUGGAUCCUACAGAAGGGGCCCAGGGACCAGCAGGUCCUGAUGCAAUACCCUUUUAGAAAGUCAGGCCUGUUUUUUGUAGUCAUUGCUAAUCUGUUGGUUCAAGAUUUUCUAUUUCUUUGGGGGAUCUUCCAGCUAUGUACUUUGUUCCCUACAGGUCUGGAAAACAAGUCUUUAUUGAUUGUAAAACAUGCCAGAAGUCUGUUUUAGAAACAGUCCUAUUUGCUUCUACUAGAAGACACUGUCUCUGUAUGUUUUCUGCAACGCCCUGUGUUGUUCAUGAGGGCGUCAGGAAAGUUGAUCUGGCUAAAGUCGGGACUCUGAAGUCAUUUUUUAUUCUUGGUGUAUAGAGAGGAUGCCUGUUAAUAGAAAAAGUGAGUUGAAAGCCUAAUUUGAAAAUAACAAGUGUACAGGAAUCAGCUUCUUGCAGUCUUGCAAAGGCAGGCCCAGUUCCUUCCUAACUGAUAAAGGAAUGUGAGAGUGUUAAGAGGCGAGCUCCUUCGACUCCUAUCAAACACCUUCUUCUGCGCUGCCCCAGGUACUUAAGACAGACACAUGGCAAGAGGUCCUUCCUCAGGCUGAUCCAGAGGGUUUAGGGAAGUGUAGCAACUCAGUCUCAGGGUACAAGCAGUGCAGUCAGCGCUAGGCGUGCAUGUGUAUUUCACAGGGCCCUUGCCCCAGAGCUGCCUGACUGUUCUUUUCCAAAGUGCAUUCUUCUUCUGAAGCACCCUCACCUGUCCAAAUCCAUAUGCCUCCUUUCUGUUCCUCCUCUUUGCAUGUUUUGUUAAAUAGAUUGUACAACCUGAGCAACCUGAGGAUGGGAGCUGCUCAGCCUAUUCUGGGAUUUUUCUUUUUUUGGUGGUACAGGGGAUUGAACCCAGGGCCUUUGCAGUGAGCUACACUUCCCAGCCCUUUCUGUAAUUUUGUAUUUUGAGAAAGAGCCUUGCUGAGCCAGGCUAGGCUUGAACUUGUGAUUUUCCUGCCUCAGCCUCUCCGAGUGCUGAGAUUUAUAGGUGUGUGUGCCACCUUGCAACUCCUGGGAGCUGUUGCUGAGCUUCAGGAUAAGAAAAACCCAGGUGCUGCAGGGAGAGGGCAGACUGGGAAUAGGAAGGGAAUACCCUUGACUGUGGUGCCUUCUGUCCGCUGGUGCACAAGCAGGCAGAGGCUGAGGCCACAGUAGGCUGGACCCAGAUGCUACUUUCCAUGCAGCAGCAUUUCAUUGUGCAAACCAUCCUUCCUUUCCCUCCGUCCCUGCUUCCCCAAAUUCCCUUUGUCCUGCCCCAGGGCGGGACUGAAGAGCUGGAAGAGAGCAGUCAGUGCACCCUCCCAGCGUCCCCUCGAAGGUCUUCAUUCUCCUCUGGGCUCCUCCUUGCCUAAUGUAGGGCUCACCGCUGGAGAAGAACCACCACUGUCCUGGAUGUGUCCCAAGCCUGGAGCAAAUCCACCCUCUUGGCCCACCAGCCUUAGCAUGGGAUUAUUUCCUGGGUUUCUGUCUCUUACCAGGUGUAGCUGGCUCUGUUCUUGUGGGGGUGUUGGUCCUUCUACUUUCUUUCUCAUCCUAUCCUGCACCUCUUCUGUGUCUUCGCUGUUUCUUCUUCCCUCCCACUCCCCAUGUGCAUGAGCAGAUAUGCAGCUAAACCCCAGGACUCUGCACUCAAAUGAAGCCGAGCUCCCCACAUUCCCUUCUUUGGUUUGCCAUGAGAUGAUGUGGGUUUCCACUGUGUGUCUGUCAUUACCUCUUUGUCUUUUUUCCUAACCCCAAUCUCAUACUUGUAUAGAAUAAUAACAGUUGUACUUCCACCAAAGGCAUGUGGAAUAUUUACCAAUUUCAUGUAUUCUGAACAAAAGCAAAAAAUACAAAUUCCUACCACUCAA